AAUCGAACGAAUGGGAAUGCAGGUUCUCAGAGUGUCGGUCGUCGAACCCGCUAUUUUGAGCUGCGAUGGUCGACGACGCGGCGAGCGAGCGCCUCCGGCUGCGCAACCGGCAGAAGCAGAAGCGCCACCGCGACCGCCACAACGCCGAGCGCGACGCACUCCUCGCCGAGGUAGCCGACCUCCGGCGAAGCCUGCGCCGCGCUGCCAAGCUAAGCGCCCGGCGCUCGAAGCCGACCUCGACGCUCGUGCCGUGGACUGCGAUUGCGGCCACGCUCGCCGAAGAGGCUUCGGAAGCCGAGGCAACGCGCGUCGCUCUAAAUACGCAUCGAGAGCGACUGGAGAAGCUGAGCCGGUCGCUCGCGUCCAUGGUCUCGACCGUUGCCCGCGGUGUGCCUAUGCAAGCCGAGCCAUGGAACUCGAUCGCGCUGGUCGCUGAGCCUUGCGCGCGCCAGCUGGGCCUCGACUGGUUCACGCGCCAUUUGCACGCCAACACGGAACGCAUGCUGCAGCUCAGCGCCUUUCCGUGCGAUGGUGCGGUGAAAGACACGGUCGUGCGUGACUGUGGCAAUGGCGUCGCCGACCUCCUCGGGCGUAUCCAGAUCGAGUACAGUCUCUCGCUCGAGACGGCGCACGCCGCGCUCCGCGGUCGCAUUUGGGACGAGCUCACCGGCGUCAACAGCUCGUGCGCGGUCGAGCCGCUCGACAUGGACCUCGUUGCGCGGAUCGAGCACCCGUCGUGCAUGACGUACCUGCGCUCGGCCAUCUCGGCCGACGAGUCCAACUUCUUUGUCGCGCGGGAAGUCCGCACCCGCGAUCGCGUCGUCUUUGCCCAAGGCAACUUUACACAAGACGCAUCGCAGCCGGCAAAUCUGCAGUGGCGCCCGCGCAUGUACUGGUACGUCCUCGACCGCAUUGGGCCACACCGCACGCGCCUUCGCGCCAUGUUGUACAAUGGCCCGAAAAUCCGUGCCGGCACGCUCGUGCCGUGGCAGCGAGACACGGGCUUGAUGAACCUCACGGCCGCCCCGGACGCCGAAGCUCUGGACUUCGAUACGUUCCGGCGUCUCGUACGCCGCCACGUACAGCCAAUCAUGGACGUCGACUACACCGCGCUGCUGUUGCCCGAGGCGAGCCCCGAGUCGAUGGCCACCGAACUGCUGGAUCUUGCAUAAUGAUGAAAUUAGAGGAAAAGUCCUCGCCGUGUUUCCUCAAGUUGCCGAUGGCGGGUUGCUCACUCAAUGUGGCACUUGAAGGGUAAUGUACUGAGGGAAUACCUCGCCCAACGAAUCAUAGCUGCGCCGUCGAUAGUCCUCAAAGUCUAGUCACGCGGCUAGAAGCAGUAUGCCCGGGGCCAUUACCGAGGUCUUGCGAAACCGCGUCGCCGCCGUUUGGGAUGUCGGACACACUCGGCGGCGGUACAUCCCGAGGUGUGCGGUAACGGCUCAUGCGGUAGCCAAGCGGAGCUACUAAUCGAGCCACUCUCGU